UGGGCCGUUGGACUCUCACGUUAGGGUCUGAAUCGUGGGUAGGAUCAGGUAGAGUAGUGGACCGGAUCGUAUCUCUACCCCACAGCCCACGCCACCACCAACCGACUUGGGGCGGUGUUAUGCGUCCAGGUCGCAGCCAUCGUCACACGCCACCUACGUGCUGCUACCCGAUGGUCUAAUUCUUCAGCCAGCCUUUUUACCUGCGUCCUCUUUCAAAUAAAGUUUGCCUGGUUUUUGUGUGUUAUCGCUUAUCAAUGGUUUCAUCUUCUAGAAUUGGAAGCUCAAGAGUAUCUACUGAAAUCAUCGCAAACUAUCAAUUUUAUCGGUGUGGUUGUGAUGCUUGGUUUUAGUGAUUCCUCUCCUCUCUAAUUCGACAUUCUCAAGUAGUCAAGUCUCAACGGUGUCCUUAGCCUUUAAAAACUUUCUGAUUUGUGACCUCCGAGUUCGUAGUUCGAACCACUCGACAGACACGCCAACGCCCAACAGCAACAGAUCCAAUUCCAAGUAACAAUUGGAGAUCCAAUAUGCUCAAUUACACUCGAACCAUUCUACGAAGAACUUUGCUCUCAAAUCUCAACACCAUAUCAACUCCCAUUUAUUUCAAUCACCAAAAUACAAUCUCAAUCUCAACCUCUUCAUCCUCAUCAAGCCCUAGUUUAUCAAUAUGGAGACGAAAGAAGGAAUUGGGGAAAGAAGGUUUGAUCAUUGCAAAAGAACUCAAGAGACUUCAAUCAAGUCCUCUCAGACUUGACCACUUUAUCAAGUCCCAUGUCUCUCGCCUUCUCAAAUCUGAUCUUGUUUCUGUUCUUUUUGAAUUCCAAAGACAAGACCUUGUAUUUCUCUCCAUGAAGUUAUACGAAGUGGUGCGAAAAGAGAUAUGGUAUAGACCAGAUAUGUUUUUUUAUCGUGACAUGCUUAUGAUGCUAGCAAGAAAUAAAAAAGUGGAAGAAGUGAAAAAAGUAUGGGGAGAUUUAAAGAAAGAAGAGGUACACUUUGAUCAACAUACAUUUGGGGAUAUUAUUAGGGCUUUUUUAGAUAGUAGAUUGCCAUUAGAGGCAAUGUUUAUAUAUGAGGAAAUGAGAAAAGCUGCGGACCCUCCGUUGUCAUUGCCUUAUCGCGUGAUCUUGAAAGGGCUUUUACCGUAUCCGGAAUUGAGAGAAAAGGUGAAGGAUGAUUUUUUGGAACUUUUUCCGGGUAUGAUUAUUUAUGAUCCACCCGAAGGUUUGUUUGAAGAGUGUUCUGAUUCCAACUAAUAUAGGGGUGGUAAAAGUGUCGGGUUCGAGUUGACAGAAUGACAGAUCAAAAUGCAUUAACUCGUACAUGACCCAUAUAAUUAUUCGUGUCGCGGUUUGACAGAUUAGAUACGUUAACCCGGACACGAUCCAUCUAACCUUUUUAUAUAUUUGAGUUUGUGAGUUUGUAGGUCAGAUUUGGAUUAACGAGUUGACCCGUGAACCCAAAUAUUAUUUAUGUAAUAGUGAUGUGUAAUUUGAUUAAGAGCACACAACACAUGUUUUGGGUUCAAA